CUUUGCGGCAGUGGGCGAGGACGGAUAUGUCGUUGUUGCAAUUUAAUUCACACUCGCUUGUCGAGAUAACGCCCAGCGAGGGGAAACUUCUCCUCGAUCUCUAUACCCAGAAAAGAAGAGAAUCUACGGGAUAUAAUUUGAUAAAUAACUAUAUCAAGUGGACAGCUCAAGAUCCCCAAUUAGAUAUCAAGUGUUUUUCCUUAGAUGGCGAUUGGAAAAACGAUGGCACUUUUCUUAUAUGUGUAAACAAUGGGGCUGCUCAGAGGGAAGCCUACUUUAAUACACUGAGCGAUAAUCUGGAACGUUUGACAAGUGCACUUCUCUGUUUGCCAUCUGAAUCAAAUGCUUAUUUGCUCGCUGCUUAUGGGGAGCGUCUUAUUCCAGCUGUAUCUGAAUACAAAAAGAAAUUUGAGGAAACAAAGACAACCCAAACAGCUUGGUACGCUGCCAGCAAAGAACUUGUUGCUACAUUUUCAACAGAACCACCAGUUGGCAUCGAGUUGCGCAGCUUACAGAUUAAGGAUGCGCCAACCAUAAAUGAAAUCUGGCCACAUCGUUCCCCGGGUUCUGUGGAGUUUGUCAAACGAUUAAUUCGAAACAAUGUUUCAGUUGGAGCUUAUGAUGAGGAGGGAAAACUAAUAGCCUGGUGCUUGAGACUACCAAUUGGUGCACUGGGCUUGCUGCAAGUCGUGGAAACCCACAAGCGUCUUGGCCUGGGCAGUCUCAUGGUGCGCUAUUUGUCCAGGAAGAUCUCCGACUUGGGUGAUGAAGUCAUGGCUCCUGUUGUCACAGAGAAUACGGCGUCGCGUAAAAUGUUUGAGAAACUGGGCUUUCAGAAAAUUGAUAACGUUUAUUGGACUUGGUCAUGAACGAGUUGUAUCAAAAGAAAUCUCUAGAAAACUGUGACUUCUUUGGCUUUAGAUUCCAGGGGUUUGGUUCCAUGGGUCUCAAUAUAAAUGAUUUUUAAGAAGUUCGGUUAUAAAAUAUGACAUAAAUAAAGUGAGAAGAAUGUUGUGGUUGAGAGAGCUCAACUAUAAUAUUAAAUAA